AUGAUUCCGAGGCUCAAAACACCCUCUCAAAUAAGCAACACUGACAGCGAAAUUGGAAUCAAGACUGCGCAAAUUGCGGAUACACUGUGGCACCAGGCCGUGGAAGCUGAAGAUCACGCGGAAAGACUUGAAAGCGUGUACCGCGUGGGCAGUUUGUAUUCAUUAGUAGAGAGUGUAGUGAGUGGUGCUCUCGCGGCAUUAGCAGGGCAAACGAUGGGAGAGGAGGCAUUGUACGUGACCGUCAUGGCGAGUGAAGAUCUGUACAGUUCGCUACUGUGGUAG